ACGGUUCUCGCGUCCAAGGAUCCACUGACAAAUGAGAGAAGCCGGUGUAUUACGUCAACCGCACCAUGGUGGGUCAUGAAACACGAUACGCGCCUAUAGAGAAGGCGACGUUGGCGGUGGUCAUGGCCGCAAACAAGCUCCGACCUUAUUUUCAUGCUCAUAUUAUAGUGGUGCCCACCAACCUUCCCCUGAGAACGGUUUUGGGAUCUAUGGAUGUGUCUGGGCGCCUAGUGAAAUGGGUUGUACAACUCAGUGAGUUCGAUGUAAGUUAUGCGCCCACGCCGGCCAUCAAGGCUCAAGUGUUGGCGGAUUUUGUGGCUAAAGGAGUUCUGGAUGUGGGAAUUGGUGUGGAAGAGUGCUGGCAAGUGCUUGUGGAUGGAGCGGCUAGCCGAGGGGGCGCGGGGGCAGGUGUCGUCCUCAUUAACCCAUUGGGAGCCAUGCAUGAAGUAGCAUUACGUUUUGCAACCCUCAAGACGAACAAUGCUGCAGAUUAUGAGGACUUCCUAAUAGGGCUCCAUAUGGAAAGGGAGUUAGGUAGCAGGCUCAAUAGCAGGUUUAGCAUUUGCAAUCCUUCUCUCUGAAGAGGAUUUUUGCUGCUUAUCCACCUUGAUUGCGAGGUGCACCACCUCUUCAAGUUCGACAAAAGAUCGCAACUCAACCUCUUGCCGAAUUUCGCGAUUCAGACCGUAGAGAAAUCGUGAAAUUGUUGCUUCUUUUUCUUCGUGCACAUCAACCCGCAUCAAAAGCAACUCUAGCUCUAUAAAAUACUCUUCGUCAU